AGCUACAUGUCCGCCUCCCCGCUUGGCCCCAUCUCUAGCAAUACUCACGCAAGUUUCACACAUGCUAAUAUUAAGAGGAAGAGAAACUUACUGACAAUGAGCUCAAUGUAAAGUUUUGCUUACUGGCAGCUAUACUAAGGAAGGUAUCUGAAGCCUGCUGGAUUUGGAUUAAUCAUUGCUGUUUCAUCCAGGGUUGAAAGUUUUUUGAGUUGCAGUAUGACUCAUGUCUUUCAUGUUACGUGGCGCUAACUCUAAGUGUCAGAACUCCGAUGGAGAAAACAGCAGGUGAUGUAUCUUCAGAUGUAGAGUCGAGCCUCUAUCAACGUGUUCAUGCCAUGCUCAGAGAACUGGACACACACGCUCAAGCUGGCUCAGCCUGCAAUAAAGGGAUGCUAAGAUGGACGCUGCAUAAAAAGGUGGAGAAAUAUCCCUCUACUAGCAUCUCGCUACUGAGGGUCCUUGUUAAGGAGCUUGAAAAGGCAGAGAGGAUUGACUGCAAAAUUCGCAUCAUUCCUUUGCUGCACACUCUGGCUUAUGCAGUAAUACAGUCUGCUUACAUUCCAGACGAGCUGUGUGAAAGGAUAUAUGUAUGCCUAAAACGUCUGGUUACACUACCGGAGCCUUACUGCAGCGUGGGCCUUAAUUAUGCUAAAAACAUGAAAAUAGAACAAAACAUCCCAGGUGCUCUGUAUCAAAGAAGAGUCAUUGCUGAACACAGCCUAAAGAAUGAACAUUAUCCUCUUCAUGAGAGAGUGUUUGUAUUUGCGGAUCCAGCCGUGUUUCCUGAGACACUGUUAAAUGCAGUGAGGGCUGAUGUAGAGUGUGGAGCUUUGGACUGGGACACACUGAGCCCUCAGCGCCGGGUUCUACUGCACACACUACAAGCCGGACUGGGGAGAGAAUGCCAUGGGAGACAACUUACACAAGCCCUGGAGGAGUUAGGUGAAGACAUGGAAAAAUACUUCCAGGAUGUUGUGGCCAUUGUAGAGGAGAGAAUGAUGGAUGGAGGUUCAGAAUGUGACCAGUACAACGCAAGAUUACAGCAACUCUAUGAUGAAAUCAUUUGCUCUGCUAGCACAGAGCAAUCAUGUACUGCUAGUCUGGUUGGAACUCCACUGCCCAGUCCUGAGGUUAGCUUCCAUGUCUGGACAAAAGAAGAUGAGAUAUGGAACGAGAUGAUAAACUUCACUCUAAUGAGCUCUACACAUCGGAACUCUGCACUUCUCGAAGAAGAAGACAGCAGACGUGCUUCCGUCAUCUCCACCAUAUCCAGAGACAGUGGCAUAGAGGGAGAUUUGCCUUUAAAUGAGUUCUCCUUUCUGAUGGUUGAGCCCUCUGGUGGACUGGAGGUCCAGGAACAGCAGAAGAGUUUAUCGUUUUCCAGGAGGCCAUGUGUGAGGUGGCCAAAGGCUGGGAACAGAAUGACUUUAAUGAUGGAGGCCAUUAAGGAAAGUGGAGGAACAGGGGGAAGUGGAAGCUCUAUUCUUAAAGAAGAGAAAAACUUUACUGCUCGUGUUGUGGUUAUGGGUGAUGACAGCACUCUGGGUAGGCUGGCCAAGGCUUAUCACACUAUACGAAAAAAGGAGAUGCGGAAUUUAUUUCUGACAAAGAGAGUCAACUUGGAAAUAUACUAUGUUCCUGUCACUAGCCAGUCCAAUACAGCUUCUUCAGUCCAGGAUGUUUCCUUUCAGGAAAAUGCUUCAGCAGAUGUAGACAGGCUUACAAUUGCAGCAUCCUUGGGCAGUGUGGAUCCAUGGUAUAACUCCAACAUUAACAGUCUGGGAGCCAUGAUCCUGAAACUAGCUGAAACGCACUCCAGUGUUGUCGGGUCUUCAGAGCCCAACUCCUUUCUUUUGGACAUCAUCUCAUACUACACGCGCACAGCACAGCAGCCUGUCCACAUACCCAUUUACACUGUUAAGAUUUCCUUCUCUGGUUUGGAUUCUAAAGUUGUGGAGGAGGUGUUUGUGUGUCAGCUUGACAUGGACUUUCCUGGGUUCAAGCCUCUGAGAGUUACAUUUAGAGACACAAUCAGGGGAUCAGUACGAUAUAAGAAAAACAUGCAAGAAGAGUAUGGUGUAGUUGUGGCUGUGAACUACAGAAAGGCCUCCAUAAGCAAUCGAGAAGUGGACAGAGGAAUGUCUUUAAUAACGUGCGGCGUGUCAAUCUGUACAGCUCCACCAAGUGGAACCAAAAGUCUUGAAAGUCUAAGCGUAGAUUUUCGUGAUCCAAAUCCUACCAGACCUCCUAUGUCUACCCUUAGAGUGACCAACAUUUGCAUCAGAGCCCUGGAGAAGAAAACAUUUACUGUAUGUCUGGACAAAGACUCGAGCAGGACCUUCAAAAAUGUCCAGAGCAUAGAGGUGUCUCCGUGCACAGACCCUGGAUACUCUCUUCAGAAGAGCAAGUCUAAACACAGUCUGAUGGAGGACGACUCGGGACUGAGCAAAUUCCUGAGCAAGACUUUCUCUUUACCCAUCAACACCUUCUCUGGAGCUGUUCAGUGACAAUAAUGCAACAAUCAUGCACACUCCUGCCAUUGAUCAUGAACUCUACGGAUUGAAAUCACAUACCUCUGUGCGUGUGUCUGUGUCUGUGGCAUCUCACCCAAUACAGACAUUAGACAACAACAGUUUCUUGUUAUUGCUGUUCUGCGUCUGAUUGUGAAUACCUCUGUAUGUUGUCUGUUGGAUUAUUUAAAUAGUUGUAACAUCCCAAUAUGGUUUUGUGUCAAUCACUUCUAUAGAUACUCCAGAUACAGUCUUUGAUUUACUAAUGAUUUCUUUGAUAAAAGUACAU